AUGGGAGUAGUAUAAACUUGUAUUAAGUAAAGGAACUCUGCUCCCCAAAUUGAAUACAAUGUUCCUACUAUUAUAAAAAGAAAAUAUAUUGGAAAACACCCUCAUAAAUAAAAUAUUUUGAUUCCUCCACUUUCUCAAUUAGGUGAAUAUCAUGAAUCAUUAGAACAAUUAGAAUUAGCCUUAUAAGAAAAUAACAUUAAUUUUAGCAUUCAUAAAACAGCUACAUUUAAUAGUAGUAGUGUAAAUCGUUAAUCUAUUUAAAUGAAUCCUAACUUGAAUUUAUCUCUAAAUACUACAAUUCCAAAUACAUUUUAACCAUAAAUCAAUUAAAAUUUAUCUUUUUAAGAGCCACCUAAGUAGAGAGAUGAUGAAGCAAUUUAAAAAAAAUAAACUUUAAAAAAUUCUUAAUUUAAGAUGCGUGCAGAAGGAUAAGGAGAUAAAAAAGAAAAUUAUGUUAGAAGUCUUAGUAGUAAUUCAAAAGCUAAGAGAGCUUAAACUCCUAAUAAUGAUGAGUCAUCAAUAUCAUUAUAAUAAAGAGAUUCGGAAACUAACACUAAAAAAAGCAUUUUGAAAAAUAAACAACAAUUUAUAACUAAUUAACUAAAAAGAGGAGUCAGUUUAAGACAAUAAUAAUAAGCAAUCAAUGAUGAUACAUAAUCUCAAAGAACCUCAAAGAGUUAGAAAAGAGUUAAAUUCGAUCCAAAAAUAUUUAGACCUAAAAAUACUCACUUCUUUUAAUGA